AUGCCUCCAGCACCCCCACCAGCCCCAGCUGGUUUCGCCGGAGCUCCACCUCCGCCCGCACCUGGGCUCGCUCCAGGUGGACCAGCAGCCGCCGCCGCCGCCGCCGCCGCAGCAGCAGCAGGAGUACCAGCACCCCCACCGAUGCUCAUUCCAGACAGCAUUCACCAGCAACUGGUCGACUACCACAACUACUGGUUCGUCCCCCCCGGGCCAAACGGCGAGGCGGGCCCCCCGCUGCCCCCCGUCUUCACAUACUUCCCCCCGGAAUAUCCGCACAGCUACUUCAACAUGCUCUGCCACCAGACCGAGCGCCUGCUCGCGCGCGAGCGCGCGCAGUGCCUUGACGCGCUCAUGCGGCCCGUCAGGAUGUCUACGGGGCUGCAGACGCGCAUCCCGCAGCGCUUCUUUGUGAGGCAGGCGGCGGGCACGCAGGUGAUGAUGCAGCCGCGGUUGGUGCGGUCGCUGCUGUCGAGCCAUUAUGGACGGAUGGAUAAGAUUUGUAGGGCGAAUAGGAGGCUGAAUGAGGGGGUGGAAGCGGCGAGGAGGAGGCAGGAGAGGGUGCUGGUGGAGCUGAUGCCGCUGCUGCCGACGGUGUUGGAUGCGGGUGGGGCGCUGGUGACGGUUGUGGAUGGGUUGGAGGACCCGGUGAUUAGGAAGUUUAUGCCGAUGUGUGAGAGGAGUCAGUGUGCGUUGUGUAUGCAGGUGGGGAGGAGGGAUUCGGAUAACCCGUAUGAUAUGCAUCCUUAG